AUGUCCCUACAGGCGAAUUCGCCUCGGGCUGCGCGCAGCGGCGCAUCGGGCGAUAAGCACGAGUCAAUCGACCUCACGUCUGACACUGAGGACGAAGAUGACGACGAUCUCAGGCGUGCGAUUGCCCUAUCGAUGCACGAAAGCGCGAAUAAUGACGUGCAGCAGUCAUCGGCUUCGAGCGCACCGCCAACGAGUGUGACCAAAACAACAGCCGUCGUCGACAAACCUCCAGGUUUCAUGGGUAUGGAUCGGAAAGCGAUGGAAUUGGAACGUCUCGCAAGGCUCGGAAAGAGGAAGCGGGAAGCAUCGCCAGAGGCACCUUCUAAGCAAGUUGCAAGAGCGCCUGCCGCGAAAAGCGAUUCAGGCGAAACACCAUUACAAUACCCCAGUGGAGCGAUCAAGCGCACCUUUGCGUCCAAGUACCCGCGAACUGACGACAUCACUAUUGAAGAAUUACUAGAAGCCGAUAAAGUCAAUACCGCAGUCAUCAGCUCAUUUCAGUACGAUUCGGGAUGGCUAUACGAAAAACUUGAUCCGACAAAGGUCAAGCAGAUCUGGCUGAUGACUGGCAAGCACAGAGGCGAGGACGUCCAGGCAAAGCGCAUACAAGAGUGGAGGGAGUCUCGCGUACCGAACAUGAAGCUUCAUUUCCCGCCUAUGGGUGGCAUGAUAGCCAGCAUGCACAGCAAAUUCAUGCUCUUGUUCGGAAAUGACAAGCUACGCAUUGCGAUUCCGACUGCAAACAUGACACAGACCGACUGGGGCGAGGUCGCAAACGACUGGCAGCCCGGCAUCAUGGAGAACUCGGUGUUCUUGAUAGACCUCCCUCGAAGACAUGAUGGUACUGUCACGGAGGCAAAAGACUUGACACCUUUUGGUCGCGAGUUGGUAUACUUCUUGGAGCAGCAGGAAGUGGGUCCGCAGGUCAUCACCGGUCUGUUGAAAUGCGAUUUCUCGAAGACUAGUCAUUUGGCCUUUGUGCACUCCAUGUAUGUCCUCAACUAUGCUCAUCGGGGGCCAGUACUAAUUCAAAAUAGUGGCGGUUCGCACAAGACCGAAUCAAUGCAUCCCACGGGUCUCCCUGGCCUCGCACACGCUAUACGAGAGCUCAAUCUAGAUGAAGUCGAGCAUAUUGAGCUUGAUUACGCAGCAUCCUCGCUCGGUUCUAUCAACGAUGCCUUCUUGUCGCGCAUUCGCCUCGCAGCAUGCGGCAAGUCGUUCGGGACAAACACUGCGCCAGAAUUUAACGUACGCGAAUGCUUUCGGAUAUAUUUCCCUACCAACGAAACGGUGGAAAAAAGCAUGGGCGGUCCUGACGGUGCCGGUAUUAUUACGUUGACAAGACAGGCUUACAACGCACCAUCGUUCCCAAGAGAAUGCAUGCGAGACUACGACUCGAUGCGACGGGGCAUGCUGUCGCAUAACAAACUGCUCUUCGCGCGAGGUCGUAGAAAGAACGGGAAGCCCUUUGCUUGGGUUUAUGUUGGCUCUGCCAAUAUAUCCGAAUCAGCGUGGGGUGGGCAAAAGGUGUUGAAGAGCGGACAAAUGGGAAGUCUGAACAUUAGGAACUGGGAGUGUGGUGUUGUCAUGCCUGUGCCAGAGGCAAAGCUUCAGGGUCUCAAGCAGGAUGACGUACCGCCGAUGAGCGUGUUUGACGGAACGAUUGAGGUCCCUUUUCGAGUUCCUGCGGACGAAUACAAGGGCAAACAGCCCUGGUUCUUCAGGUCAUGA